GAUCUUCUGCCCCGAGUCUUCCACCGCCUCUACAUGGGCCUCUUGGCGCUGCCCCGCGCGGCGCGGAGCCUCGAGGAGGCUCGGGUCAAGAAGCUGCUCCAGGCGUGGCGCGACGCGGAGUUCUACCCCACCAUCUACCUGGAUGGUCUCGAGGCGGCUGCCUUUGCGGGUGCUCUGGGAACUGACUUGGCGAUGGAGCCGCAGAGCAAGGAGCUGCGAAUGAAACUGGAGGCCUACGCGGCCCUGGAUCCCUUGGCAUUGGAGCGGCGUUGCAGAAACAGGGGCCUUUGGACACACAGCGGAAGCGACCAACUUCCACCUUCGAAGUCGACAUUGCUGCAAAGACUGCAGUGCUUUGAAGUCUAUUGGUCUGCCAGAGCUUCGGAUCCGAGCAAAGCCCGGACGACCGACGUAUCCGAACGCGAGCCGACGAAGGAGGUGAUGGACGACAUUGACGGCACACCGGUGAUGGACGACAUUGACGGCACACCUAUCCAGACCCCGCUUUUUGCCGAGCUGCAGCAGCAGCGGGUGCUCAGGAACCAUCCAGCAUCUGCGGGUGGUGCAAUAUCUGCAGCGAUGACUGGCUGGUCCUGGGCGGAAGGGGUCCUGCCCGAGACAGCUCCCAUCAGCGAGAGCCCUGCACCCUUUCAAGGCUGCGUUGAUGAUGACCUGGAUGGCGAGCCGAUCG